CCAGCAUGGACCCGACGGAAGAACGCCGGACCAUGGCGAACGUGUACUCGUUCACAGGCUUGUGACGCGGCACAGACGAGCGCCUACCGCAUUGUCAGCUCGUUCGGCUGGCUAGCCCAGUUGCAGAUGGAGUGUGAUCCAGCAGCAGAAAGGAAGAUGGCGGGGUUCGGUCAGGCCUACUUUUUCUUAAGGUCCUAGGUAGUAGAUUCUUAUUUACACUCGUAUUCGGGGAAAACAUUUUUCUCGGUCAAUAUAUACAGAAAAGCGAAAAGCAUAAAUUCUCAUGCUCCUGAGUCCGGGCUCUAAUUAUUGGCUUCAUGUUCGGUGGUCUAGUUUUUCCGAGUCUAGCGGAUGUAUUUGGACGGAAACCUGUAAAUCUAGCAACCAAUGGAGGCUGCAUCCUGUGUUUGUUGCUUAUAUUUCUCGUGAGUAAUGCGCGCAUUCCGCAAACCGACUACAAUGCAAGUUUACAGAAACAGGGCCUGAGUAGUUCGUCCGGCUCAAUGGCACAGAACCAAGGUGGAACAAAUUACGACGGUUUGCUUCUUUCGUCAGAGCGCCCACUGCGAUGGCAUUCGUCUGUGGGCGACGUCGAGCAGUGGUCUGACAACGACAAAAACCUCCUUUUCCCGUUUCUAGAGCUGUCGCAAGGUGUUGCCUAUACGACGAUUAUUUUGGCUCUGUUCUGCUACGGAUUCCUUAUUCCUGGGCACUAUCUUGUUGCGUUUGUGCACGCUUCGGAGCUUUGUGACUCGAAGCUCCGCGGGAAAGCGUCGUCGAUGAUUU